CAAAGAACGGUACAGUACUCCUGACACCCAGACUUCUUACAAUACGAUCGAGGCAAAACAACCAACCCAAAGACUCCUUCUCGAUCCCAUCCCAUUGCAUCGAACAAAGCCGGCAACAUGGACCAACAGCAACAACAAUCGCAACCACAACCACGCCCGGCCCACGGCCUCUCCAGGCACGCACGGCUCGCCGCGGCGAUGUUCCUGGCCCACGGCCUGUUUUCCGGCAGCGGUGGCCCYCCCUGCGCCACCGCCCUGUCCCCGUCCGCACCGGCGCCGGCGAUGGGCACGCGGCUCUUUGCCACGGCCCGCCAGCGGUCUCCCUCCUCGGGGAUCGCGAGGGCCCGGCGGAGGAGGCCCGGGGUGCCACAGAGGACCGUCGGGGAAGACGACGACGCCCACGACGCCGAUCGGUUCUACUACCACAACCAACAACAACAACAACGGAGGGAAGAAGACCGCUACAAGUACAAGUACAGCUAUAAUUACAACUACGAGGAGGACGAAGACGAGGACGACGGGGUCCUCUCGUUCGAGGUGGAUUCCUUCCAGGAACUCCAGCGCUCCACCGGGUACGAGGUCCUCGACGACGAGCUGCAGAGCCAGAUCGACGAGGCUUCUCCCACCCCGAACACCUUUCUGGACGCCCACGUGACGGAUGCCUCCUUUCUGGAAAAGGUGGCCAUGAGCAGCGUCCCCGAGCAGCUGCCCCAGCCGGCCGUCCACGCCUUUCGGCAACAACAGCAGCAGCAAAAGCAGCAGCAGCAGCAAAAGCAAAAGCAACGAAGGCAGACCAAGAAGCGAGCGGGCGGCCAGCGUAGCGACCUCGAGUUUUCUUCGGCCCGGUCCGUCAGCCCGGAGGAGGAGAUCGAGCUCGCCAAGAUGAUCCAGCGCGGGGUCUGGCUGCACAAGCUCAAGACGGACAAGGAGGCUUCCGACGGACGGUCCCUCAGCAAGAGCGAGUGGGCGAAGCUGGCGAACCUCGAGACGCCGACCAUGCUGCGGCGGGAGGUCGCCACCUACCGCCGGGCCAAGCAGCUGCUGGUCUCGGCCAACAUGGGCCUGGUGCACACGGUCGUCAAGAAGAACUACUACGACGUCCGCAAGCGCUCCGGGGUGACCUACGAGGAGCUGGUCCAGGAGGGCUCCCUGGGCCUGCUCCGGGCGGCCGAGCUCUUUGACCCGUCCCGGGGGAUCCGCUUCAGCACCUACGCGACCAUCUGGAUCAAGGGACACCUCAGCAACUCGCACGCCCUGGACGGGGCCAUCAAGCUCCCGGCGGYCGAGAAGCAAAAGUGGAAGAAGAUCACCAAGGCCCACCGCGAGCUGGUCCGGGAAAAGGGGGGGACCCCUGGCGAAACCUCCGACCUGGCGGCCUCCCCCGUCUCGGUCGAGGAACUCGCCAGCCGCCUCGACAUGARGGUCGAGGACGUCCUGGUCUCCCAGCGCAAGAUGAAGCAGGCCCGGUCCGUCCUCAGCCUCGACUACGAGUACCAGCAGCAGUCCCGGAGCGGGACGGAGGGGGGCCCCUCGGUUUCGGUCGAGGAACAGAGGAGCCUCCGGGCCGACGCCGACCUGGCCGAGCGGGCCCAGAUGCAGGCGGACGUCAUUGCCUCCAUGGCCCGGAACCUGACGCCCCGGGAGGCCCGCCUCAUGCGCCUCCGGUACGGCCUCACCACGGACGGGAAGACCCGGACCAUCAAGGAGUGCGCCGACGCCAUGGGGGUCAGCCAGGCCCGGGCCUCCCAGCUGGCCAAGGCCUGCCUGGCCAAGCUCCGGGAGGCCGCCGAGGCCGACAGCCUGGAGGAGUACCUGCUGACCAUUGCCUAGCGCGGCGGAGCGAAGGAAAGCAAAGCCGAGCGAAGCCAAUCACCAUCGUUCUGUGCCGUGCUGUCCUGUGCUGUACACUACAAUUCCACCAAACCAUACCAUACUAUACUACUACUAUAAACUAAWCUCACCACU